GGUUUGACGAAGAAGCAACGAUAAGUUAAGUAGUUGGUACAAAAUAACAUUCUCACUCUUCACAUAUACAUACACACACUUGUAAGUUGUAUCUAUAAUUUAUAGUUUAUAAAUCUGCGAUUCUGUAAGUUUGACUCCACGCGAAGAUGAAACUGAGUUACGUCGGAUUCCGAUCGAAGCCUAGCCGGAAUGUUCAGACGUCGGCGGAGCCGGCGCCGGAGAGCAGUUGCCGGUGGGCGAUAAUGCCGGAGGAGUUGUUGAGAGAAGUGUUGAUGAAGGUGGAGGCGUCGGAGAGUGAGUGGCCGAUGAGGAGGAGCGUGGUGGCGUGUGCCGGAGUGUGUCGGAGUUGGAGGAACGUGUUGAUCAAGGAGAUUGUUAGGCUUCCGGAAGUUUCGGGAGUCUUGACUUUUCCGAUUUCGGUCAAACAGCCUGGUCCUAGAGAUUCCCUUAUCCGGUGUUUUAUAAAAAGGAAUGGGUCGGCACAUUCAUAUAAUUUGUACCUCAGUUUAUCUCAAGCGCUGGCUGAAAAUGGAAAGUUUCUUCUUGGUGCUCGAAAGUCCAGACAUGCAACUUUCACAGAAUACAUCAUCUCUCUCAAUGCUGAUGAUAGGUCAAAAGGGAGCUGUGCAUAUAUUGGAAAGCUAAAAUCUAAUUUCUUAGGGACAAAGUUUUCCGUAUAUGAUGCUCUGCCACUUCCUACGGGAGCUAAAAUGACAAGGAAUCGUUCUACUAGGCUAAUAGGAUCAAAACAAGUCUUGCCUAGUGUUCCUUCUGGAAGCUAUCCAGUAGCGCGCAUUUCAUUUGAAUUAAAUGUUUUGGGUUCCAGCAGGGGCCCAAGAAGAAUGCAUUGCGUCAUGGACACAAUUUCCCCUUCUGCUAUUAAACCAGGAGGUGUGGCUCCAACACAGACUGAGUUUCGGCAAAGUAGCAUUGACACCCCUCCAUCUUUACCUAUCAUCACGAACGAGAUCUUUUCCGGACCUUUAUGUAGUCAGAGAGAUGGACAGCUCAUCUUAAAAAAUAAAUCUCCCAGAUGGCAUGAGCAGCUACAAUGCUGGUGUUUAAAUUUUAAUGGACGUGUAACAAUUGCCUCGGUGAAGAACUUUCAGCUAGUUGCUUCUGCUGAAGGUGGAGGGAUCACACCUGAACAUGAGGAGGUUAUUCUACAAUUUGGUAAAGUGGACAAGGAUGUGUUUACAAUGGAUUACCGGUAUCCAAUAUCGGCAUUCCAGGCGUUUGCCAUCUGCCUUAGUAGCUUUGACACAAAGAUUGCUUGUGAAUGAAUUACAGCAUAGACAAAGGCCUCACAUCUUAUUGACAAAGGCGUAGAUUACACAGGACCCAAGAUAGCUUGUUCAUAUGGUUUGUUCUUCUGCCAUUAAUGUUAAUUGCCCAGACAUCAAGAGAGGCAUGCACCAAUUGUGCCUACUUUCUCGAUAUUUAACUUUAUUUGGGUUCUUCUUCAUAGUAGUUGUAGGCUUGUAGCCGGUCGAGCUCUGUGAGACUUGUUCUAGUCCAGUCUUUACCACUGUACUCUUGGCGAAUGUGAUUGUUGUCUUAACUUUUUAAAAUACUUGUGGUAUCUAAAAACUUAUAUGUUUAUCAGUCACUGAAAUAUAUUCUCUUGUCUUGUUGCCUUAUCUUCA